AUGUCGACGCUGGGCAUCCUUCCCCACCAGAUUUCGGCCUCCACCUUGAGGAAGACGAGGCCGAUCCACCGGACCAGCGGCGGCUCUAGGUCUUCUUCGUCCAUCGUCUCCUCGGCAUCGCCAGCGCCAUCGGCGACGCCGGUAAUGGUUUUCAGGGAGGUCCUCCGUCCAGCAGAGGCGGAAGGGGACAAUCGGAUGGGAAGGAGGGAAGCCAUUGGCCUCGGCUUCUGCUUGAACGCCUUCCUCCUCCUCCGAGGGGCUGCGGCGGCGGACGAGGAAACGUGCUCGCUGACCACCUCCCCGUCGGGCCUCGCCUUCUGCGACCGAGUCGUUGGCGACGGUCCGGCCGCCGAGAAGGGGCUACUCAUCAAGGUAUGCUGCGGAGAUCCGCGCCCUCCGCCGUUCCUGAAGUAAUGCAGAGUUUGAAGGUCGGAUUAUAAAACUCAUCCUCUGGUGGAUCUGUUGGGGACGGCGGCUGGCUGCGGCGAAGGCGCAUUAUGUGGGGAAGCUGGAGGGCGGGAAGGUUUUCGACAGUAGCUACUCUAGGGGGAAGCCUCUCACCUUCCGCAUCGGCGUUGGCGAGGUAAGCCUUUUCCUGAACCUUUCUCCCGCGGAUUUUUGUCUGAUUCAGUGGCUGGCUGCAUCUGAUUCGAUAGUAGAUUGUGUUCUUAAUCUAUACUUCUUGUUUGCCAUAAGCUUCUUUCCGAAACUUUCAAUGGCUAUGUCUGUUCUUCCUGGUUUCUCUUUUUAUAAUUUCGUAUUAGACUUCCAUAGAUGAAACAUCCUACAAAUUAAUUAUAUACUCAUAGAACCUUACUCUAUAAAGAUAGAUGAAAUUUUAACUAUGAUGAGAUUAUAUUAGAUAUGCGAAAAAAUAUCAUUGACUUUUCAAUGUUCACGGAACUCAUAAGAUUACUUCCGAUGAAAUUCGUAUGAACUGAUCAGGGUCCUCCUGAAUCUCCGUUUUCUUUUCCAUUUAUAGCACGUUUUGAGAUAUCAAAUUGAAAUAAUGGCAUUGUAACUGUACUAUAUAAGAACACGAAAAGUUACCACUUGUCCUCUCUAGGAAUUGAUCAACCACUGCUGGCUGCCCUUGCGAAAGUCAACGGCCGAGAUGGCUCAGUUGGAAAAACCUGCAGUAAAUUAUGACAAUCAUGAAAUUUUCUGUUCAUAAAUUAAUUAGCAGUAAAUUAUUCAUUCAUCCCUUCAGAAGCUGAGUGUGUUCAUAGAUUACAUAAAACUAAGAUAAAUCUGAGGAAAACAUAAAGAAUCCAGAAUUUUGCAUUUAUCAACCACUGUAUCAAAGAAAUAAACUGAAAUUAAAAAAACUAGGUUUUUAUUGAACAAUGCUCUUGCUCAUAUGCCAUCCUCUUAAUCAGAAAAAGGGCUCUAAUAUGUUGACUCAUCCAUUAAUGAACUAAAAAAAAAAAACAGAUGUUAGUGCAACAGUCUGCCUGAAUAUUAAACAACUUAGCUGUCAGAAUUUCUAUUGGAAGCUUGAUGUUUUCUAUGAAAUUUAAUUUCCAUGAGUUCCCAGACAUCCGAUGGCCAGAAAAAUGAUACUAAACGUAGAAAUUAGUAUAUUUGAUAGAGCUCUCUGAUGGAUCAUUCUCUCACUCUUUUUUUUUUUUAAUACUAUCAUAUAAACCGUAGGAAGUAGCUAUGUUUAGACAGCAUCAUGAUUUCAAGGGCAAGGUUUGCUAUAUCUGAUAGAGAUACCAAAUGGAUCAUCCUAAUCCUUGUCUUGAAUUCAAUAUGAUCGUAGAAAUAAUAGGAACUGAUACCUAGAUAUUAUCAUUAUUCCCAGUGUAGAUAACUAGAAAGAGAUUUCAAAUGGAUCAUUCAAUUACAUGUCUAGAAAAGAAUUGCAUCUUGGAAACAUUGGAUUUAGUUGCAUAUAGAUAUUACGGUUAUUUCUUUUUUCAUGUUUUAUACUUGAUAUAGGCAUCUGAUGGAUCAUUCUCCUGUGUCUAUAUGUAUGAAUCUUAAUUAUUAUACUAAUCAUAAGAAACCAUAGGAACUGGGUAAAUAUUCUGGACAUAUAUGGUCUUGAUUUCAUAUCCAUGCAUGGUUUAUAUUCGACAAUGAUAUCAGACGGAUUAUUCUCCUCAGUGCCCACAAUGAAUACCAUUGAAGAUAUGAUCAUGUUUCAAGAAUAAUUUGUGUUAUGUUUUAUUCUUCUAGACCUUGCUAUUUAUGUUAUAUUGUUCUUGGCCAGGUCAUCAAAGGAUGGGACCAGGGAAUCCUUGGCGAUGAAGGAAUUCCUCCAAUGCUUUCUGGUAUGAAAAUAUCUCAGAUUUUCUUCCACCGGAAUUUCAGCCCUCCCUCUCUCUCUCUCUCUCUCUCUCUCUCUCUCUCAUGGGACCUUCCCGAAACGGAAAGACCUCACUAAGAGCAUGAUAUAUAGAAAUGAAAGGGUGCCUCAUACUGAAUUAGUCAAUCUGAUCAAAAAACGAUGACACAAUUAAUAAAUUCUGGUUUUUCAACAACAAAAAAUCGAAAUGUAAUUACUAGAAGAGCAAUUAGAAGUAAGGAUCCAACUGACAGAUUUGUCUCAGGUAUGAUGAUUCUCAUAAAUUCUUCCUCCAUAUUUCCAGCCCCAUUCUUCACUGGAAGAGAGACCACCAUCAGUACAUAGAAUCUGUUCUACAUUCUUACAUAUCAGAUUUCGAACCGCUUUUCCGGAGCUUCCCCAAUGUGGAAAGCCGCCAUUGUUGGAAGGAGCUGUGUAGAAUGAGUUUGCUGAACUGGCCGUUCGUUUCAGGUGGAAAGAGGACGCUGAGGAUCCCUCCGGAGCUGGGAUAUGGGGCGAGGGGUGCAGGCUGUAGAGGAGGUGAGAGAAUAUCCUCCCUCUUUCAUCUCCUUUUUUUUUUUCAGGGUUGAGAUCGUGAUUUCUCCUCGUCUGAUGGGUAGACGAUCGAUGUGGAUUGAUCUUCUCUCCGCGUGUUGCUCUCUUCCCAUGCAUUUGUUAUUCAUUCUCUCUCCAAAGAGCUCCUCCUCUCGCUAUGCCUGCCCCUUCCUAAAGAGUCGUCUCUCUCUCUCUCUCCUUUCUCUCUCGCCUUUCUCUCUCUCUCUCUCUCUUUCUCUCUCUCGCUCUCUCUCUCUCUCUCUCUCUCUCUCUAUCUCUCUCUCGCUCUCUCUCUCUAUCUCACUCUCUCGCUUUCUUUCUCUAUCUCUCUCUCUCUAUCUCUAUCUCUCCCUCCCACCUCUUUCUUCCUCUAAUAUAUAUUUUCAUGCUGUCUUUUUCUCCCUCAACAACCGAUAUACGGUGCAAAACCCCCCUCUUCCUUUUCUCUCAAUACCCGUAUGUAGUGUCACUAGACAGUGUCCCCUCCCCCUCUCUCUCUCUCUCUCUCUCUCUCUCUCUCUCUCUCUCUCUCUCUCGCUAACUGGUAUUUGUACCCUUCUUUUUGGCAGGCUCCUGCAUAAUCCCGCCUGGGGCCACCCUCUUCUUCGAGGUCGAGUUCCUCGGCAAGGCUUGA